UAGAGUCACAAUCUUUAUAUCCUUCUUCCACUUCCAACUACUGUGCCUCUUUCGUCCAUACUCUGCAACUUAAAACGGCCAGAACUCUAUAUAGAUCUUAAAACUAAGAGUGCAGAGACAAAAAAAAGGAAAAAUAGAAUUCUUGAUUCAGUUAUGAAUUCAGAAAUUAACUGUAUUAAACUGUCCAUUAUAGCUGUUUUUUGGACAUUGUCAUUAGUCUCCACCACCUGCAGACUAUGCUCUGGCACGCGAAUCAGCCCAGAAACUCAGGUUCUUGCAGCUGAAAACUCAACGAGAAACGCAGCUGGAAAUGCUGGCGGACUGCUCAUUGAUAGUCCUGCAUCCUCGAAUCGCCCUCCGGUCUGUGUAUACCCUCCGCCUGCUCAGCCCAGUCCACCGUCUUUUGGGCCACCGUCCCCUUACACAAAGCCUGAGCACGGCGGUUGGUGCGUGGCUAAGCCGAUGGUGCCGUCUUCCGUGAUGCAGCAGGCCUUGGACUAUGCGUGCGCGUCAGGGGCCGACUGUGGGCCGAUUCUGCUGAACGGGGUGUGCUACCAGCCGGACACUCUGCUUGCUCAUGCUUCCUACGCUUUCAAUAGCUAUUGGCAAAGGACUAAAAGGGCUGGGGGAACUUGUGAUUUUGGUGGUGCCGCGAUGCUUGUCACGGUCGAUCCGAGCUAUGGUGAGUGCCAUUUCAUCUCCAGCUGAGAAUGUUACCUAAGGGAGACCAAAUGUGCAUUCAAGAUUGCCAAUAUUUGAGUAAUUUGCUGGUAAUUAUUUGGACAAAAUAAAACCAAAACUUUUCCAUUUUAACUGUUUUUCCUUUUUACCUAAUUCAGUAUUAUGUUACCCCAUCCCACAUCGAUUAAGAACUGAUGAGUAAGUUCCACGUAAUGUGUUUUGGUUAAAAAAUUCAAGCGCAUCCAUUUUUUAAUAUACAUUUUCGAUGAGUUGUUCAUAGUCGAAUUUUAAAACCCAUUCGAUGGGUUUUUUAGAGGCAAUUCUCGCGUUCAACGGGCUCAAGGCGUGACGUGUAUGAACUCAAAUU